GCCAAAAGCUUUUUUUGAUAUUAAAAUGAAAAUGAAAAUAAAGACCUAUGCUUCUAUCUUGAAACCAUUGCAAUUCGAACACCAGUUUGCGUAAAACCCAGCAUCAGCGAAAGUGACUUGCAUGGAAUUCAUGCCCUUCAGUGAGCCGCUCAAACGCCUUUCACGCCCUUCUAUAACCUUACUCACACCAUCCCUUCUUGCGACCCCUAAGCGAAUAGUGCAAACGCAAUGCCAACACCCGCGAUCGUGACGAGACCCCCGGCAUUGCUUAUGAUCUCGAUACUCUGGGCCCCGGCUCGGACCGGGGUGCUCGUAGCUGUAGCCGAGCCCCCUGUAGCCGUAGCUGUACCGUUCUUGGACCCCGACCCCGAACCCGACCCCUUACCACCACUACCACCUGUGGUCGAGUUUUUUGAUGAGCCGCCAGAAGCAUUGCCGGCCCCGGUAGUUGAGUUCUUCGAUGAGCCGGAUCCAGAGCCACCUUUGCUGGUCCCCGAGCCUUCAGAUCCAUCAGAAGCAGUAGAAUUUUUGCUGGAUCCGGAGCCGCCGUUGUUCUUUCCGCCCUUACCACUGCCGGUGUUCCCGUCGUCGCUCCCACUGCCGUCUGUUGCUGUUGCGUUCUCUUUGCUGCCAUCUCCAUUCCCGUGGUCUUUGCGAGGAAAAACAUCAUUGCGCUGGGCUAGGAGAGCACCGGGAGGCUGAUAGUGCUUCUGUGCUGAGACCGUUAUGGCAG